AUGUAUAUAAGUGUUAUAUAUAAAGAUGCGCCUGAAUUAUCAGCUCAGCGACGCCGGUCAUCAGAACCAGACCCAUCUAUAGAGAAGGUGUUACUGGUAAACCCUAAUUGUCCAGUCAGGAUUAUGUUGGAAUAUAUAAGGAAACGCUGCAGGCUCGGGAAGUUCACUGAGUUUGAUCUAUGUGAUGAGAGCGGUCAUUUAAUGGGGCUCUUUGAUAUGCCUACAUAUGUAUACACAACUGAUAAAUUCGAACAUAAAAGGACUUACUACAUCAUUAUAAUAAAACAGGAAGCGGACAGAAGAAUAUCGGUGCUGCCACAGUUGAACCACGAGAAUCUAAUUUAUGUGGACCUCAAGGCCAGGGUCAAAAAAUACCUGGCCGGAGACGGGACACCCCCAACACCGACACCGGCCUCCACACCUCCAGGGAAAGUGACCCCUCCCGUCACUAAACCAACAGCUAAGAAGAAAUAA